AUGAUUCGGCGGAGUCUUAUAGUUCCCUACUACUGGUCUCGUUACCGUAUCGCAUCUCCUAUGCCUCGUUUUGAUGGUCCUGCCCCAGUGGCAGCUCCACAGAAUAUGAACAGCACAAAAACAAAUGAGUUUAUUGAUCCUAUAGAUGAUAAAUUCCCCUUAAGUAUUCGAGGUCCACUUGUUCGUCCUGAUGUACCAGAAGAUCAAUAUGUGGAUAGUUGGUAUGUAUGUACAUCUAUGACUCAUCAUCUUGGUGAUUAUAAACCUUGGACAGCCAGUGCACCAGCGAAUGCUUUUCGUUUUCGUCCAUAUAAUGAAUUUGAUGCAAAAGGAAGGGAAUAUGUGCAGUAUAUGCGGGAAUUUGCUCGUUACAAUAAUAAUAAUAAUAAUAAUAAUAAUAAUAAUAAUAGUAAAGGAGAUAUACGUAUGUCACGUGGAAAAGGAGAGAAAGGAUUUCCAUUUCGAGAUGCAUAUUUAACAAAAAUGAAUGAGGCAAAUCAAACUACUCCACCACCUACAUUAGAAACUAUUAUGGAUCGUGCUGUACGUGAAAAACAACAACAUUCUCGUGUAUUAACGCCUAUGCAAGUACAACGAGAUGUGGGUCGAUUGGAAGAACCACUACCAUGUGCAGGUAAUAUUCCUGUAGACCGUAGUCAAUUCCCUUUUCGUUGGAAAACAGAAGAUUGGUAUGAGUAUGAAGUUUCUAAAGCACGUAAUCGUCGAUUUGUGUUUGAAAAUACAGAUGAAGAUGGUAUUCAAGGAUCAGAGGUAACGUAUAAAAUUGUAUUAGAAGGUUUUUGGGAUCAUCAUGUUAUGAAAUUAGCGGAGGAUGUUUGUAUGUUUCUCCGUGAUGUGGGACGACAAUUAAUGGAAGAGAAACUCACAUCUGUACGGCAUAUGUUGCAAGGUCUCAAUGGUAAUAAUCAUAAUAAUAAGAAUAAGAAUAGUCAGGUGAAACAUAAUAAUGAUGGAGGGGCCAUAGAUAGUGAACUUUUAGCUGCCUUUAAUGCUGCACGUGUAGGACCUUUUGGAAAUACCGCUGAUAUGUAUGAUGCGGAAGAAGUGGCAAAUUUUCUUCGUAGUGAAUUACGACGAUUAGAACAACAAUGUAUAUCUGUUAUCAAUCGUUGUAAUGUACCUAUACCAGGAGCCACUAAUCUUUAUGAUCCACAAGUCUCUUGGCCACAUGUGGAAAAGUUAGAACCCUGGGUACGUAUGGCAGAGUUUUGGACAUCCUCUUCUGAUACUUCCUUUACAGAGUUGGAGAUGUCUACUGCUCAUUAUGAGUUUCGUAAACACUUUCGUGUUAUUAUCUGUAAGUUACCUUUUCAAAGCACAGAAUUUGAAAAACGUAUGUAUGAUAUAAGACAUUGGUUACAUCGACAGACCUCUUGUGAAUUUCAUACAAUUCACAGAAAAAACAUUCUCCAUGAUGCUUCUGUGUUUCCCACUGAACAUGAUCCCGCUACUCCCACAACACAUGAACACCAUCGUCUCUUUUCAUUUGCAUUAGAUUGGCAAAGUGCACCUGUAAAUCGUCUUAGCGUACAUACUGUGAUGGAGGGUGAAACAGAUUGGAAUCACCUGGCACAACAAUUGGGUUGCACUGUACAAGAACUUAAAGAUGAGAAUCCGUCUGUGGAAACGCUUACAGUGGGUGUUGUACUUAAUAUACCUGGAAAUGCUACACGUCGUUUGAGUAGUUUUGGUGCAGUACCACGUGUGUUACCACUACAGACUUCGUUAUCAUCAUCAACAACAACAAAAGAAGAAGGGAAAAAGCGUAUUCAAACAUGGGAAGAAGCUGCUGCUGUACUUGGUUGUACAGUGGAAGAACUACAGCAACUCAACAGUCACGCCGCUCUCACAUACAAACAAACCGAAACAGGUGAAGGUAUGUUUGAUGCCUCUGUGAAGGAACUCCUUGUACCAGUUUCCUGUUGGGAUGCCACCUCUAAGGCGGAGUUCAGUGCCGUUGAACCGGUAUACGCUAGUGAUACACCUGCUAGUAUCGCCGCUCGUCUACACUGUACAGUAGAAGAAUUACAGCAACACAACGGCGGCAUAGAAGGACUAUCAGCACUUCUCCAGCAAUCAGAACAACAACAGUAUGUACGUGUACCACCCACAGCGGCUCAUCCGCGUCGUCAUGUGGAGCCGCAACUUCGUCCGAAAGCCGCUACAGACGCUCUUCUUGCCCGUACAGAAGCCGAACUUGCACAAGAGCAACAGCAACAUGGAUCUAUGCAUAUUCCUGAUAUGCCAGCGAAUGCAGCGGCUUUCCCACAUGAGUAUCACACCGCUACCUCACGAUUCCCGCAAACCCCACGUGAACCAGAUGCCGCUCAUGACUGGAUGGCAUAUACCGCACGAUACUUGGAUAAACAAUUCACACACGCGGCGGAACCAGCACCGGUGUAUAAUGUGAAUCGACUUUGGCCAAUGCAGCAGGUACCUGGAAAGACAGAUCAGACACCAUUUGAAGAAGACCAGACGUGGUUACUUCAUCCUAUUCCUGUGCAACAGAUGGAGUUACAUCACCCAGAGAAGGAUCUGCAGGACUUGCCAUUUGUGAACCAUGAGCAAUUCCCACGAUCAUUGGAAUGGACCGCACCUUAG